AUUUACACUGACGUGGAAGGUUGUGUUGUCCGAGUAUGAACACAAGAUCUAUAAAUUACGCAGUCAUUCCAGAUACUGGACAUACAGAAACCGAAUAUGAGGUAGAGAAAAUAUCAGGGAAACGACUGAAAAAUGGAGUUGUUGAAUAUGAAAUAAAGUGGAAAGGCUAUUCCACUUUGGAUAAUACCUGGGAGCGAAUAAAAAAUUUGUUGAAUUGCCAAGAUAUGAUACAGCAAUACGAAAACAAACUUAAAAAAUAUCGGCAGACUUCAAGGAAGACUUCUCAGCAGACUAGACAAGAAAAUAAUAAACGUCCCAAUACUCGUAGUGCUGCACGAGAACGUGGCGGUGAAAACGAAAAAAAAUAA